UCUAAAGAGAGAUGCAUAAUUAGUAUUAGUAUAUACUUUUAGAAAUAAACCGAUUAAAUUCAAAAUUAGUGAGAAUUGAAGAAUAAUAAGAGUCAAUCAAACCGAAGCAAUGUGUUCCAAUUUAAAAUAAAGAAAAUAAUUACGAUAUUAUAGUAAGAAUGACUACUACUAGUCAUAAUUCCGCAGUAUUGAAAUGAUUUAAGACAGAUACAAUCACUUGAGUAGCCAGUUCGACAAGAUUAAACAGUAGAUAGAUCAAAAAGUCUGUUUAGAAGACUUUGUUAAAUACACAUCAAAAGUAGCAUCAGAAUAUGCAACUUUAUAGAUGUUAGAUUUAAGCAUGUAAUCUAUUGAGACUAGGAUGCUGUUCUAUCCAAAUGAUUAAUAAAUGAAAGGAAGUUUAAUAACAUCAAGAGUUAAAUAAUAACAUAAACAAACUUAAGUUUUUGAAUAUCAACAUUAGAUUGAAUAAUAAUUUGAAGAAAGAUUAAAUCGAUUUAGAGAAUUAAUAAUAUCUUAAGUUAGAUAGUUCUGUGAUUAAAUUCAAGCAUAGGAUAUUAGUAAACCAUUUAGAGAAUAAAUUUCAAAUAAUAUAAAUAAUCUACAUGAGAAGCUGCAUCAAUUAGAAUUGUUUCAACUUGAAAUUCAAAGACAUUUAGAAGCUAGAGAAUUCGAGAAAUUCAUAAAAAAAUAUACAGAAGUAGAAGAAAGAGUCAAAUUAUUAGAAAAUCAUUCUAAAGGUUUAAAUGAAUUAAUUCAGGUUCUAAGCGAAAAGAAAAAAGUUGAUGAAGAAGAAUAAAAAAAGAAAAAAAGGGAAAAUAAAGAAAAAAAAUUUGAGGAUCACUUAAAUUAAUAUUUGACAAUUGAAGAUUUCUAAAAGUAUUAAUAAUAUAUGAAGGAUAAUGUUGUAACUAAGAUUCAAGGUAAAAUAUUAAUUAAUAAAAGGUGCUUAACUUUUAUAAAGAAUUAAUGAAACAGAGGAUAAUAUUAGAAGUUUAUUUAAUAAAGAAAUAUAUGAUAAAUUAUCAUUAGAAAUUGUAGAUAUAGAUGAAAAAUUUGGAUUAAUGUUAGAUUAAUUAAAAAAUAAAAUUAAUCAAAGUUUUCAAAUUCAAAUUUAGAAAUUUAGUUAAUUUGAAAUGUCUAUGGGCUCAUUUAUGAGUAAAUCAGAAGUAAUAUAAAUGUUGGAUAAUCCAUAAGCUAUGAUGAAAGUGAAUUCAGCUGUAUAAGACAUAUAAGAAAAAUUUAAAGAACUUUAUCUAAAAUAAAUAGAUAUUUUAGAAUCUUCUUUUAAAUUUUAAAUAUCUAACAUAUAGGCAGCAAAUAUAACAGAAAAUGAUAAAUUAAACUAAUAUUUCUUACUUUAAAAAAAAUGUGAGUAAAUAAAAAUAGUUUUAUUCGAAUAUUUUGGAUAGAAUAAUUUGUAAAAUUAUACUUAGAAAUAGAAAUAAGAAUUAUUCUAGUAACAAUCUUAAUAAUUGUAAAAUUAAAAUAGAUUAGAAAGUAAAAUCUAGAAUCGUCCUUUAUCAGUUGGUAGUAGGAAUACUAAAUUAAGAAGAUAAUCAAUUACACCAAAAGUGAUUUCUUCAUCUUUUUCAGGAAGUUCAGCAGAACCACUAUUUUUUUAAAAGGUUUUGUAGAAUCCUUUAGUUUAAAAAAUGAAGAAAUGA